CCGCGCCCUGCGGAGGUUUCCUUGCCCAAGUUUCGGGGACUUUUUUUGCGGCAUUCCGGCGCGCCGCGCGAAUGUCUGCCGCAAGAGGGAAGCUGGGAAUCUAGUCUGCUUUUCUCACUGAGAUCCAAGACGGAUUACAUACUGCAAGUGAGUACAAUAUAAUGAAUGGCUCGGAUACUCACAGAGCAAAAAUACAAUAAGACCAACAGAUACAAUCAGGAGAAGACCAGAGGUGGGGCUGGGGGCCCGCCCCCCGAGAGCAGCCAUGGUGGAUCUACCUUUACGAGACUUCCAUAAUUUCUCUUCCAAAGAAGUCCAGCAGCUGCUUCACAACAAGUUUGUAGUGAUCUUAGGCGACUCCAUUCAUCGAACAAUUUAUAAAGACCUGGUCCGCUUUCUUCAGGAUGACGGGCUGCUCACCUUUCCCGAGCUAAUAGUGAAGGGCGCAGUGGACUUCUGGAAUGACCAACGAGUCGAGGGGGGGAAGCAACACCAGGAAACCGAUUACCAGGAGGUGCGCCAGUACCGAACCGACCACCACCUUGUGCGUGCUUACUUCAUCACUCGCAUUUAUUCGCGAUACAUGGAAAGUAUCCUGGAUGACUUCAAGGCUGGCCCGUCACCAGACCUCGUUAUCCUAAAUUCCUGUAUCUGGGAUCUCAACAGGUACCUUGAUUGGACUUCCAAUGAACAUCCUCUCAAGAAGGCCUUCAGAGAGUAUCGGCAGAACCUGCGGACGCUCUUUCAGAAGUUGCAUGACAUCCUGCCGUCGUCUUGCCUUAUCAUCUGGGACACAGUACCGCCAAUCGCUCCCGAAAUCAAGAUAAAAAAGAUGAAGAACGAAGCAACUCCUGUGGAUGUCCUAAGAGCCAACUUCGAUAGCGCCACCCUGGCCUGCUGCUACAAAUUGGAUGUUCUGGAUUUAAAUUUCUGCUUCCGCUUCCUUGAGCAGCACCGGGCUGACGACGGGGUCCAUUGGAACGCAUGGGUGCACCGGUGCAUUACCAAGUUGUUACUGACCCAUGUGGCAGACGCCUGGGGGGUCGAGCUUGUAAAGAAAAGACCCCGUAAUGGAAUAACAUGGAAUGGAAAUGCUGCAUAUUGGCACCGUUCACCAAGAUACUGGCCACGUCCGCUACUGCCACGUUCUCCGUUGUAUCCACAUCCGCAGCCCACAUUUCCCAACGGCCAACCCAUGGUACAGUUCAAUUUCAGCCAAGAUCUCAGCUUCCAACAUGACAACAUUUCUGACUGGGGGCCCUCGUCUGGAUUUUAUAACUUUGAAGAUGACCACGAGCCCCCAGCCUGCCAGGAAGAAGUGCAGCAUGGAAAUUUCCACGGACCUAUUGAUGCUAUGCCUAACGGGGUGCUGGGGAUUCCCCCUCCACCUGUUGAGCUUGUGCCUAAUGAGGGGUGGGGUCACCCUUCUUUACCUGUUGACCACAUGCCUAACGGGGGGUGGAGGGAUAACCCUCCUUUACCUGUUGACAAUAUGCCUAACGGGGGGUGGAGGGAUAACCCUCCUUUAUCUGUGGAUGUCGCGCCUAAUGAGGGAUUUCUCCCUCCCAUACCUGUUGAGCUUGUGCCUAACGGGGGGUGGGGUCAACCUCCUUUACCUGUUGACGGUACGCCUAAUGGGGGGUGGAGGGGUCGCCCUCCCUUCCGACACAGGUCACCUCGAGGUUUCCGGAGCAGGCGUCGUAAUGGCCGCGUCAUGCACCAACGGCGUUUCUAUACGGAACACUAUAGGCCCUACGGUUACCCUCCUAAUGGCCCUGGGGGCUAUCCACCAUUUCAAGAUCCCUCCUACUAAUCUCCCCACCAAGCUCAAUCUUCCUUAAAUUUUCUUCCCUCUCUAGUCAGGGGGCAAACAUGAAGGGACCAGAGCUCUGUGGUGGAGGAUGGGCUUUAGGGUACACAGUGGAAACAUUGACCCCUGGCCAGAGGUGUGGUGGUGUUUCUUGUUCUCGGGGAUUAUACCACUUCUGUGAAGUUAAAUUGUGAAGUCACCGCCUCGGAGCAGUGGAUUCCAGGGAGUGGCACCAGGUUCCUCUUCCCCAUACACCUUAUACCUCCCUGGAGGGUUGUUAUGCCAAGCCUGACGAUCGGCAGAAGGGUUGGGGACAGGGACCUGGUGGGGAGGGGCAUGUUACAAGCAUGACAACUGGAGGAAAUCUGGAAGGAAUGGUGGGCAGCUCUAGGUAUCCCCAGAAACUUUCUGGUAAAAUCAUAGAGUUUCCAGCGAUUUCUAGAGCGACCUGCUGUCCCUUCCGCGUUUUCCCUGGAAGUGAAGUUGUCACACCUGCAAUACUACCUUUUUAAAAAUCCCCCCCCUACUACUGCUUGGAGUGGCGACAGGCAAUAGAUGUCAUCUUAUUUAGAAUUCUUCUUACUGCCCUUAUGUAAUCUCCCCCCCCCCCACCCCAACAAAAAAAAUUGCCUGUAGCAAAAUCUUUGCUGCUUCCCUUUUCAGGGGAAACUUGCCUUGAAAGUAUUAAUUUUUAAAGAUGUCUGGGCUUGAGCCCAAAGAGAGCUGGAGCUCUAGGGUGUUCCGACCCAUUCUGAAAAUACAGCUCCGUUUAAUAAUAGGGGGGAGGGGAGGUUGAAAUGUGGGGGUGUCAAGCAUAGUUUAUCCUAUCCGGAUAAUGCCUUUGCAGACAUAAACUACAAGAGAGAUUGAUUCUCUCUUGUAGUUUGGGUUUUGGUUGCCGAACCGAGGUUGCCUCUUCUUGUAAAUAGGGUUUGCAGACAUAAAGGCAACGGCCUUCUGGGAGACGUCGUGCCAGGUGGCAUCUGUAUUGCCCCUUUUCUAGUGGCGCAUAGACCGAAAGAGGCCUUCCCUGUAUAAGUGUAUUAAUAUCUUCUCUUAACUCUUCUGUUU